AUGUCUUUGGUGUCAGAGAGCUCGGGACGACGUUCUUCGUCGCAUCGUAACUUACGAAUGGUUCGAAAUUUGUCGCGUGGAUGUGCUGGUUCAAUAGAUGCUGGUACCUCCUUUAUUCCCAAUUUUUCGGCUGCUGCAAGUGAGGGUAUGAAAUUGACAGCCGACGAUGAUAAUUGGGCAGAAAAUACUACGGUUAUAACUGGCAAUACAAGCGAACAUUCAUAUAGUGGUCUCGCCGAAAGAGCACUUGUGGCUCCAGUUGGACGCGUGGUUGCAAGGAGAUGUUCUCGGAUAUUUUGGCUUCUCAGUGCUUCGCUUAUUUCAUUUGUAGCUGUUGUUUCUCCCUCUCUUAUGGUUGCUUUACCAUUUAUUUUAUAUCAAGUUGGAUUCGGCUGGCCUGAGGUAUUGUGCGGUGCUGACUGCCAAGGACUGAUGCUGAAUUUGGCAGUGAAAACAUUAUUAUUAUUAGGCGCACUUUGGGCGAUGUAUUUCCGGCAUGCGUCAGCGGAUAUGCCACGUCUAUUUUUUCAUCGUGCUGCAUUGGCAUUCUUAGCUUUAUUUAUUCUUUUUGCUUUCUGGUUGUUUUAUUCUGUUCGUAUAUUAUUCGAGAAAGAAAGCAAUUAUAAUGUGAUUGUUAGUUUUGCUCUUUCAUUACUCGAUGCAAUGCUUUAUUUGCACUACAUUACGGUCAUCAUUUUGGAGUUGCGGGCAUUGAGACCAGAAUUCAUUGUUAGCGUUGUAAGAGAUCCGGAUGGAGAAAGUCGGACUUUUAGCCUCGGUCUAAUGAGCAUCCAAGAAGCUGCUGUCCAUGUUCUCAGGAUGUAUUAUUCUACUUUUCCAUCUUAUAAUCCAUAUAUGGAUAAAUCAUUCAACGGAGGUGUAUCACAAUCAAUUGGAGGUUUCAAGAUGUAUGAUAUCGAAGGUUUGGGUAACGAAUGUACUAUAACAGAGGCUAAUGCUCGUGCAAUCAUGGAGGCUGCUGCGAAAAGACGAAUCGGUGGACACAAUGAACGUUACCAUGAAAUAAUAGAGUGGGAACGGCGAGUGCAAAAACGGAAAUAUCGCUUGAUUAGUACCGCUGAAGAAGCAUUUGCAAGUGUUCAAAGUGUGACAGUCAAUAAUCAAAAUAAGGUUUUGGGAGAGCCUAUGGAGGCACUUGGGGCAGCUCAAGCAGUGUUUUCUGCAAUCGCUAGACCACUGAAUAAGUAUUUAAAGCUUACUCGACAGCAACCGCGUCAUACAGCUGAUCAAGUUGUUGCUCAUCUUGCUCGCUGUCUUUCACUUCGUUUUACAGCUGCUACUUUUCUGCAAAGAUUUUUCUCUUCAAAAUUUCCUUUUCCAGAACGUAUGAAGGAGACAAAGUGGUCAAUUGUAUGUAAUGUCCAAGCAUCCGCCAGUAUUAAGCAUGGCACAGUAUUUGUAUUGCGUUGUCACGAACGUGAUGAUGAUGCUGGAGCUGGUGGAAACAAUUCAUUAAUGACAAUUCCGUGUUGGAACACAACAUUUUGGACUUCCGGAAAUAUUCUGGGAAAGUUUGCGGUGGGGUCACAGCGAAAGAAUAAGGAGCUACUUCGAAGUAUUCGAAGUGUUAUCGAGAAACUUUCUAGAUUAUCGCCUCAUCUGCGGGCUGGAGUAGGUGGUGGUUCUCGGGGUAGGUGGGUGGGCGUGUGGAAUGUUCUAGAAGGGUCUGCUGCGUGUGCCAAUCAGGAGUCUGAUUGCUUUCUGGGUCUGAUCGUGAUUAUUGUGGUGAAAGUGGGAGUGUUGCGCAUGACAAACGAUCUUGGGAGUGGUGAAUGUGGACGGGAGAUGAAAAACAGUGAUACAGAUGACGAUGUUGAUAAUGGGGUUCCAUUCGUUGAGGAACAUGAAAAUAAAGAAAAUGCUCGUGGGAGAGUAACUUUUGUUAAAGCAACAACACAGCGUAACAACCAGGAAGAUGCAAUGGAUACAACCGAUGUUAACGAAGGAAAUGGUUCUCCAUUAUCCGGAGAUUGUGAAGAAGAUGGUAUGAAUUUCUUUGAUCCAUAUAAACCAGAAGGAAUUUUGCGCAUGGACAUUGAUCACUUCAGUGACUUUGCUCGUGGUUCAUCUGAAACACAUCAGAAAUUGAGUGAACCGAUAUUUGUUAGAGGUCUGCCCUGGAGAAUUUUAGCAAUGCCGCGAGAACAGAAUAGAUUUCAAAGUGAACGCCGAUCAGCAGGACGUGCGUUUGGUUUCUUUCUGCAGUGUAAUGGUGAAGCAGAAGCAAUUUCCUGGUCAUGUACAGCAAGUGCUAUUCUCACUGUUUUGUCACAAAAACCUGGAGUUGAGAACCAUGUGCGAAGAAUCAAUCAUACUUUCUAUCAAAAGGAGAACGAUUGGGGUUAUUCGCAGUUCCUUCCGUGUGAAACACUUCUGAAUCCUGAAAGUGGUUACAUUAAAGACGAUACUAUCAAGCUGGAAGUGUUGGUUAUGGCUGAUGCUCCUCACGGCGUGCAAUGGGAUAGCAAGAAACACGCUGGCUUUAUUGGUCUAAAAAAUCAGGGUGCAACGUGCUACAUGAAUUCGAUAUUGCAGACUUUCUUUUUCACUAACCAGUUGAGGAAGGCCGUCUACCAAAUGCCAACUGAAAACGAUGAUCCAGAAACCUCGGUAGCUUUGGCUAUGCAGCGUGUUUUUUAUGAACUGCAAAAUUCGGAUAAACCUGUUGGCACGAAAAAGCUGACGAAAUCAUUCGGGUGGGAUAGUGUCGAAUCAUUUCAUCAGCAUGAUGUACAGGAGUUGUGCCGUGUACUGCUAGAUAAUUUAGAAAAUAAAAUGUCUGGAACUAAGGUAAAAAAUACCAUCCCUUCUUUGUUUGAAGGGAAAAUGAAGUCAUAUGUGCGUUGUAAAAAUGUAUGUUUUGAAUCAAAUCGGGUUGAAUCAUUCUAUGAUCUUCAGCUUAAUAUCAAAGGCAAAGCAAAUGUUCUAGAAUCCUUCUCUGAUUAUACUGCUGCGGAAAUACUUGAUGGCGACAAUAAAUACGAUGCUGGGGAAUUCGGUUUGCAACCAGCUGUUAAAGGCGUCAAAUUUAUUUCAUUUCCUCCUAUUUUACAUUUGCAGCUGAUGCGUUUCCAGUAUGACGCAUUGCAAGAUGCAAACGUAAAAAUCAAUGAUCGGUUCGAGUUUCCUUCACUUUUAAAUUUGAAUGCGUUCAUAGAAGAUGGCGACAAAAAAGAACCUCAGGACUUUUUACUUCAUGCUGUCCUAGUACAUUCUGGUGAUUUCCACGGUGGUCAUUAUGUAGUUUUUAUCAACACAAAUUUGGGUGGACCUCCCAGGUGGUGCAAAUUUGAUGAUGAUGUUGUUUCUCGUGCCUCUGUUCGUGAUGCUAUAGAGGCAAAUUAUGGUGGCGAUGAUCCCGAUCUCCCAGGCAAAUCAUUUACCAAUGCCUAUAUGCUUGUUUAUAUUAAAAAAAAUUCUAUAAAUGACGUCUUAUGUCCGGUGACUGAAGAGGAUAUUCCACGACAUUUACGACUGCGAUUUGAAGAGGAGAAAUCAGCUGAUGCUAAAAAGAAGAAAGAGAAGCUCGAAGCCCAUCUGUUCACGGAGCUUAUUGUGGUAUUAGAAGAACAUAUGUAUAAUUAUUCGGGAUUUGACUUAUUCGAUCCGAAGGUAUUGGAUGAAGCUCGCCGGUUGAAGGUUGAGAAGAAGAUGACUAUUGAGCAGUUGUAUGCAUUGUUUGCAGAAGAAUUUCAUCUUGGCGAAAAUAAUUUUCGCUUAUGGCAAGUACAUGAAAAUACAAUCCGGGAUGAAAGGAAUAAUGCGCUUUCUUUGAAUCGCCUUCGUCCAUCAACCUUGCUGAAACGUGAGAGUGAACGGCCGCACUCAAAUCGUAUUGAUAUGGUGCUUGAAGGUGAUCGCAACAUUAUUUUUCUCGAGACCGCACAGGAUUCAGGAACUUCUCUGAAUGGUUUGCCGCCAUACAAUGAAUC